AUGCUUCUCAAAACUGUUUUUUCCACUGGCCUCCUGGCUACCCUUGCAACGGCUAAACACGGAGGUGUCGAAAAUGUCAAAUUCUCUCCGAACAGCCAUAAGCACGCAACGCGAGGGGGCGGCUGGAAUCCGGAAGACCAGAGUGGAGACUCGCAAGUUUACUUCCACUGUGACACGCACACCUAUCCAGAUCCUGGUGGCGCCGAAGGAGAGGGCGAAGGCGGAUCCGGUAUCAGCAACUCUUCUUUGGAAGUUCAUCUCCCUGACGGAACCGUGCUGAAGCCAUCCGCGUCCGACUGCAAGCAAGACCGCGAUCGUGGAGUGGCUAGUUACUUUCAAAUUUGCACGGUGAACCACCCUAAUCUUGAGGCUGGCCAUCUCAUCGUUCAUAUGUUCUAUCUUGACAUCGGAUCCGAAUGCUCAAUGAAUUUCAGCUACCGGGGUCAGGAUUACUUCGUGAAUAAUCAACAGUCCCCUCCCACGAACUCAUGCGGUUGGAGUGAUGGUGGGUUUCAAGCAUUCGGGGCUUCUUUGACCGAUGUCUGCUACUUCAACAUUGCAAGUCACGAUCCAUCCGAUACGACGCAAGGUCAGGGAUCUGUCGGUACUGUUUCUCAGUCUGACUUGACGCCCGGAGCGACCCUGUCCCAAGGUAGUACACCUACCCCUCUCCGUCGCAGGACCAUUGUGUGA